AUGUUCCUACAUGCAUUUGUUGUUGGAGAGCUACUGUUUCAACAGGCGAUGUUCAGCUCUUUAUUCAUGACGUCAUUACUAAAUCUAAUUUUCGUCCUUGUCCUAGUUAAGAUCUUACAACAAAGGGUUACUUCGGCAGCAGAACACGAAGAAGAUGGAUUAUUCUACUCAAGAGGAGUUGGGCGUCAGGCUGCCAAGAUAACAGCAAUAAGAGUAUACAUAGAUACGACCACAGAAAAACCAGUCUCUCAUCCAAAACAACAGUCCAAACAAACAUACACUCCCUUAGUAACAACUCCUGUACUGAGCACGGUACAGGUCCCACUUGCAAACACCUCAUCUUUCGUGUACACUUUCGUGAACCUUUUUACCUCUGCUAUGCAAAGAAUAACCUUAUUCUUCACAAACCUUUUUAGUUUCUUCUAAAGAGUUUGUUGCAUGUAAUGGUUUUAUUUAAAUCAUGUUUUUGUAUCUUGUGUAAAGUAGUAUCAGAUUCUUAGAAGUUACAAAUAUUGAUAUUUUACUCCAUAAUUGUAAACAAAAUUAAUGUAAUAGGAUAAAUAUCAUAAAUGAGACUAACUGAGUAAAGAUAAGUUUACAAUAAUAAAUCAUGUAUUUUAAAUUAAAGUAUGAAAUUUAAAAACAAAACUAAUAAUAAUAUUAAUAGCAAUAGUAUAAACAUAACUGUACGUUGCUUAUCAAUGAUAAUUAUUGGAAGUAUUUUACCAGAAACCAAUAAUAUUCAUAUAGACUAUUGUACAGUUAGUGCAAGUUUUUAUGUUGCUCUACGUAGGAUACAUUAAGGGCCAUUUCCUUUUCAGAAGCA